AUGCCCCGUAAUCACAAUCUGGGCACCUCGACUCUCAGGAAUCGCAAUCGUGUCACCAACAAGACUCGCCUCAAAGUAUAUCAUGGCAACAUCGAUGCAGACCCCCUCGUGCUGGAUGAGGACGAGGAGAAGGCCAGGAUUGUCAGCACUGCCGGUGUUGAUGCUGAGGACGCCAAUGAGCACCACUUGCAGGCGGUGUUGUCGGCGGCGUCGCAGAGACACCAGUCGGUUGUACGUUCAACCCGAGGAGCCGCCGAAAAAGUCAGUACAGCACCUGCUGCCUUUAUCCCCACCCCAGAUUCAACAGGCGUCGUCGAUAAUUAUGAAGAAUUCUAUCCCUCUGGUCGAUGGAAGGAUCCUGUGUCGUACAUCAAAUCCUCUGAAACUGUAGACGAGGCGUGUGCUCAUGCUCUUGUCGAUGGCUUUGCCUAUUUUAUGGAUGAGCGCGACAAGGAGUGGUUUGAUCGUAAUAAUGAGGAGGCACGGGGUGAAGGCACCAGUGCGCAAGGUGCAUUCUCGGUGCCCGGAACUACAACCAGGUCAGGUUCUACUCAACGGAGUGCAAAAGCGAAAGGAAAGGAGCCAGAUGUGGCGCAGCCUAUGGUGAUGUCUGAGGAUGAGUUCGAGCUUAUUAUGGGGCUCUUCGAGAAGGUCACGCACGAGAAGACGGAGUUCCUUCAUCAUGGCCUCGAGCAGGGCAUGACGUUUCCGCCCUUUUCAGAGUAUCAGGACACUUUUACCUCACCGUUCACACCGGCCAUCUUUACUUCGUUCACUGUCCCGUCAUGGAUCCCGUCGUCUGCACAGCUCCUUCGUUUAGCUAGGAUGAUUUAUCCUUACUGGCGAGAAAGACGGAUCGAGCGGGGUGGCCACAGGAUUAUUCCAGCUCUGAAUUUUGACGAGGCAGAUGUCAUUAACGAAUCGUAUAUAUGUUUCCGGAGGCGUGAAAUCAAGGCAGUCCGCAAAACGCGCGCUUCACAAGCCACGUCUUCGGACAAGUUGUUGCGUCUGCAAUCCGAGCUGUCUAUUUCUUUGGAGCUCGCCAAGAGUGUUUUGACCCGGGAGAAUAUCAAGAAGGAUGCAGCCCAGCAAGCUAUUCAAGUAUGGGAAAAACGAAUGGAGUUUGUCAAUAUGAAGAGGAAGUUUUCCUCGUUGGGCAGCAAAGAAGACGAGGAUUUGUUGCACGACAAGGAGAGAGUACCAAAGAAACCCAAGGUGGAGAACAUGAACCGUGCAACCGGACUAAAAUUGCGCCCAAGGGACAGCAACGACCUGAACUCGCCUGCUAUGCAAUUGGAGGCCCUCAUUCGUCCCAAAGAGCGGUACACCAUGAUCACCGGUGCUGUGGAUCGAGACAUGGCCCGGCAAAAGGAGAGGGAUCACCAGUGGGAGGAUUUACUCACAAAUCCAUAUCAACCAUCUCCCGUUCCUUAUACUCAACGCCAUUGGAAACCUUUCUUUGCUUCUCGUUCAACGUCACCAUCAUUACUUGGCCGGGAUGAAGAGGACGACGACGAUACAUCCAGUCAUGUUCGAUACCUCAGAAUUCGUUUCGCUCGCGCUCGUCGUCUUUGUCUCGACCGUCACGACUCACUUGUCAAACUGCCUGCUCUACAUCAGAGUUCAAGCAGUGGUGUCAGUGACCGCAAAGCGGAGUUCAUGCGUCGGAUGAGACAAUUUGAUGACGACGGCGAUGAAGAACGGGUGUCCAAGUUACACGAGAGGUGGCGAUUUGAUGACGACGAUUCUCCUGUCGUCGGCCCUGAAGGGCCUGAUGAGCAAGACAGGGUCCUCAUUGAUGAUUACGAACCAAGAUAUCUUCGACACGCGAUGACACUUAUUCAAGACCGGGACCAGCAAGACCUGCUGAACGAUCCCACUAUUGUACUUUCUACUGCUGAAGGCCGUCAUCAGGCCGUCGCACCAUUCCGAAUGGGUAUGCAACCGCCAAUGCGAAGAGAGAUGCAAGCCAUUGCCAGGCCUUAUCCUUCCGGGUCAGGCAUACAGACAUCUCGACCCUUGGGUUCACUUCCACUUUCAUCGCCACUUCCCAACGGUGUCCCGAUAUCGAUGCAAGCCCACGUUAAAGCCAUGCAGCCCCCUUCGUCUGUAUCCCAUCUCCGCAUAUCCUCCAAUGGAGGUAUGCGUCCUCCCAUGUCUUCUCCUACCGCUGCAAAUAUGGCGGCCAAUAAUCUUCCUUCGCAUUCCUCACCACCGCAUCCCCCUACAGGAGUCGCUACUAACGGUGUGAACGGCGUCAAUCACAACUCUCAUAUUCCUGCCGAUGGCGAUUCGAUAAAGUUGACUGCUGCCGCAAACGGUGCGCCUCCUAACGGUGUGUCUCAGGCACAGAACGAGGUGAACAUGGCCGCGAAUGUAGAUGUCGCCCAACCUACACAGUCUCCCGUCCGCCCAAAGUCGGAUAACCAACAUCCUGCCGCUAUCACCAUUCCUAAUGGGUAUCAUGUCACACCGAUGAAUGGCUAUCCGCCCAUGGCAAAUGGCUCACCAUAUAUGCACCACGCAAACAGACAGCAUAAUGGCCUUAGUGCGCAACAAAUGCAAAGUUUGAAAGUAGCAUUUGCUGGUCAAGAUCCUAAUGCACUGCACGCAUCUGGUCGCACCUUGCCAGGUUCCUACGUGGGACACGUUGUACCUAAUGCGCAGCAUUUUAACGUGCAGCUUGGGAACAAUCUCAACCUCAAAUUGCCGCCUACACGGCAAUGGGCACAACUCGCUUCUCCCUCCCAGCAGCAAAUGGCCCUAAGCAAUGAUCCUGUCGCUGGGGGCAUGCCCAGUCCCAAUGUCCAUCAAAUGGCUCUACCCGCUCGAACCCCAUCUGCAAAUGGAUCGCGAGCAUCGGGUCGUGGGACGAGUAUCAGCAGUAUGCCUUCAUCGGUUGGUCAUAUGAUGGGAGGUGGUCAGCUCACUUCACAUUCCGUUUCACCACAUCUUCAGCAUAGCCCUCCAUCUCUCUCUACGGCCUUGACACAACUCCCACAGCAGUCUUCACCGCACCUGCAAACGCCAACUUUGAAGAUGGCUUCGCCGGCUCUGCAGCACCAGCAGCCGGUGGGGAACUCGCAAGGAGGUUAUUAGGGAGAGUGAGAGGCUUUUCCUUCUACUAUGAGUUUGUUCCCAUACGAUAUUUGCGGGGUUCUCCCUUACUGUCCAUUCACCAUUCAAGUCAUUUUGUCUUUAUUGCUCUUCUCUACUCUACAAUCUGUUUCAUGUGCUUUCCGGUCAUGUAUGUUAGUUAGGUAUUCUGAAGUGUUUCAUACUUCUCAUACCCUCCUUUUUUUGUGAAUAGUAUCCUCUGCUCACACUCGAACAUCUCAAUCGUGACUCGGAUAGAUAAAUUGGUCCUUCAAAAUUGACACUGACGUACAGUUAUGGGUCGUGCAUGUUAGGUUCUUGUGUAUUGUCACUCACUGUUCAAACCACGUCUCCACUCACGUCGAAAUAUCAUGACUCAGGGGAAAUAGUACCACUUAUGUUUUCCGCUCAAUUGUGCUACUUUUUCUCAUGUUCUGCUUUGCAAAGAACGAAUGCAAUCUCACAUCGACUCAU